UGUUUGAAGAUUCUAGUAAUCCGUUGAGAGUUCAGGUUAUGUUUCGUCUUGCAGCAAAUGUGUGUCUCUCACAGUUCACAAUAGUUAUCUAUGACGUGGCCAAUGUCUCGUUCAAUGUUACCAGAGCUGAGGCUGCUACAGGGACAGUAAUAUAUGACCUUCCCUCUCACAUAUCUCCAAUGGAUGUUUGUGAUGUACAAAGUGAAAUUUAUGGUGGAAAUGUGAUCGGCAACAGUAAUUCAUUCAGUAUACUAGUUCCAGAAGAUUGCCUUCAGUCCACCCCUGAAACUUUGUCAACGGGUGAAGGGAGACCCUCCACUUCAUCUGCUCCACCCCCUGUGGAGAUGAAACAGUCUGACAUCCCUCCUGCGGUGAUUGGUUCAGUUGCUGCUAUGGUUGUUCUGCUGGUAUCUCUAUUUCUUGCGAUAGCAGUCAUAUGCCUAGUGGUCCAACGUAGGAGGAGAGGUAAACAGGCUCUUCGUGCAGGUGAAAGCAGUAGUGAGGAUCCCCCAGCCUCUCCUAGGUCUGAAAGACGUGUGGUGGAGCCAAGGACAGGAGCUAGAGAAAAGAAGUUGUUCUCUACGAACCCUACUUCUGAAUAUGUAGACAUUGACCAUGUUGAAACUGAACGAGUUAGACAGCAACUUGAGCAAGCUGAGGCAGCUCCUAAG